AAACGGCAGCUGAACGGCAACAGCGCGGAGCGUCCCACGUUUUGCCGUCCAACCACCAGGCGACGGCACUGACUUGACUCGACUCACGGAAAAGACGACAGCCUUGCAGAACAACACAUCCCUGUAUCACAGAGUGAGCUUGCGGGUGUCGGUGUGACCCCAGGAUGCAGAGACGAGAGGCGGCGUGCAGGUGGAAUAUUUUAACGAUGAAAAAGGGAGCAAAUAUCCACAGAUUAUACCAUGAGGGACACCAGCCACACCUCUCCACGGUGGAGCGCACAGAGCAGCUGAUGGCAGCAGGACAGCUACAUCGCAUGCUAAAUCAUUGGACUGAAACUCAUGGGGUAAAGGAAACGAUCAAAGAGGCUACCGAUGAAAUCAUGUUCCUACCUGCAAGUCCUGUCCGGAGUCGUCCGUUUGCAUCCCGGGAGAGUAAGUUGCGACCCUCACGUAACACUUCUUUCCUUCAUGGAUCUAAACUUUACCGCUGCAGAUUUUCCUCCAUGCGGCCCCUGAGCUCAAAUGAGUUUGACACCAUAUUCUAUCACUUCAUCCUUGUUCCAAAAUGUUGGCGCUGUGCGUCAAUGCUUAAAGCCAUCAUCUCUUAUGUCUCCCUCUCGCUCUUGCUCGCCUUCCCACCUUUCUCUCCUUUCUACGCACCUGUCGCUGAUCUCGAAGCCGGUCCUGGCACACCCCGCUUCGCUGCAGGUCCGCAGGCCACCCCCCCACAAUUGCAAGACAAGAUGGACACCCGAGCCUUGAGGAAUCACUAUCCUGACUAUGAUGGGAGGACGCAGUCGCUUUUUGACUCCCAAGGCAAGCUGACAUCGGAGUUUUCCCAGCAGCUGACGAGCAAGAUCGAGGAGCUGUUAGCCGUCAUGGAGAGCGGCUUGAAGUCCGCUGACCCGAGAGACUGCACCAGUUACACUGGCUGGGCAGGCAUUGCACUGCUCUACCUGCACCUCCACCGAGUUUUCAAGCAGGAGACGUUCCUCCAGAAGGCUGUCGAACACGUCAGCCGCAGUCUGAAGUGCCUGACCCGCCGUGAUGUCACCUUCCUUUGUGGUGACGCAGGCCCGCUGGCUGUCGCCGCCGUGGUCUACCACCGACUCCAGAGGCCAGGGGAGGCCGACGAGUGCAUCACCCGACUGCUGCAGUAUCACCAGACUGUUGUGAAGGGUUCGGGUGGGCUGCCUGACGAGCUACUCUACGGUCGAGUUGGUUACCUUUACUCUCUAAUCUUCAUCAACCAGCAGCUUGGCACCAACAGAAUCCCGUUGCAGCACAUCCAGCAGAUCAGUGAGGCCAUCUUGGCUUCAGGUGAGCACCAGAGCAGGAAGCUUCGUGUCCACAAUCACAGUCCCCUCAUGUAUGAGUGGUACCAGGAGCAAUAUGUCGGUGCAGCCCACGGACUGGCUGGGAUCUACUACUUCCUCAUGCAGCCAGGGUUUGUUGCGGCUGAGGAGAACAUUCACAGACUGGUCAAACCCAGCGUCGACUAUGUCUGCCGUCUUAAGUUCCCCUCUGGAAACUACCCUCCCUGCAUCGGGGAUGAUCGCGACCUGUUGGUGCACUGGUGCCACGGAUCCCCGGGCGUCAUUUAUAUGCUCCUGCAGGCACACAGUGUGUUUGGUGAUUCUCAUUAUCUGGAGGAUGCUCUGCAGUGUGGCGAGGUUGUGUGGCGGUGGGGCUUGCUGAAGAAAGGCUACGGGCUGUGUCAUGGCGCAGCGGGCAAUGCUUACACAUUCUUGGCUCUGUACCGUCAAACACGGGACGCCAAGCACCUUUACAGAGCCUGCAUGUUUGCAGAUUGGUGCAUCAAUUAUGGCUCACACGGCUGCAGGACACCAGACACACCCUUCUCACUUUUUGAAGGCAUGGCAGGUACCAUCUACUUUUUGGCCGACCUUCUGCAGCCAACACAAGCACGCUUUCCAGCCUUCGAGGUGUGAAGCCCUCCACCACAAGCCUGCAGGUAGAUGUUAUUUUUCCUGCUCUCGCUGUGCUGGGAAUUUCUCAACAAUAACGAACACAUGUCAGCUCCUAGUAAAUCAAAACGCAAUUUAAGGAUUUUUCUUAGUUUUUUUUGGUUUUUUUGCCGCACGAAGUCUUAUGCUUAUUAUGCCCAGUUCAAUAUCACUAUUGUAUCCUUUGCACUGUCCGAGCAAUAAAUCAUCUGAUUUUUCACACAACUUUUGUGUUGUUGUUCUUGUGCUGCAGCACAAAAACACCACAGGGUGGAAGCAAUGGUCACCACCCCCGCGCUACUCGGAGGUAUUCAUUUCACACAGUGAUAAUUUGACUUUAUUACCAGCCUUGGCGUCACUAUAGACAGCGAUUUUAAACUUGACAAACAAGUCAAUGGCGUUUUAAAAUCGUGUUUUUAUCAUCUUCGUCUUUUAGUAAAGGUAAAACCAUUUUUAUCUUUUAACCUUUUUAAACAAGUCGUGCAUGCUUUUAUUUCAAGUCGCCUGGACUACUGCAAUCCACUUUAGGCUGGCAUUAGCCAAAAAGCUCUCUCCCGGUUGCAGUUAGUCCAGAACGCGGCAGCAUGACUUUUAACAGAGGCCAGGAAACGCGAGCAUAUAACCCCAAUUCUUCAGAGUUUGCACUGGCUCCCUGUUCAUUUUAGAAUUGAUUUUAAAUCCUUGCUGUUUGUUUUUAAAGCUUUACAUGGACUGGCACCUCAGUAUAUCUCGGACCUCAUCCAAAUUUACACUCCUACGUGCGCUCUGAGGUCCGAGAGCCAGCUCCAGCUCGUGGUGCCCAAGACCAGACUUAAAACCAGGGGAGACAGGGCCUUCUCUGUGGUCGGCCCUAAGCUCUGGAACACUCUGCCCCUCCAUGUUCAAACUGCUCCCACAGUGGACUGUUUUAAGUCUCGUCUUAAGACCCACUUUUAUUCUUUGGCUUUUAACACUACGUGAGUUGUGUGGUCCUCUGUUGUCCUCUGUGUUUUUUUUAUAAACUUUGAUUUCUAUUUACUGUUUUAAUUGGUUUUUCCCUUUAAAAUCGUUCUAAUCAUAUUUAUUUUUAUUAGAGAUGUCCGAUAAUAUCGGUCUGCCGAUAUUAUCGGCCGAUAAAUGCGUUAAAAUGUAAUAUCGGAAAUUAUCGGUAUCGUUUUUUUUAUU